AUUCAAUGAAAUUUACCACGUGAUUGGUUCGCUUUUGAUGCUGUCUGAUUAUUGUGAUUGCACUGUGACUAUUACUAUUUUGACAUAAACAAUUGUCAUAAUAUUUUUAUUAUUCAUAAAGUCUAAAGAACUAUUUCAUUUAACAAUGGCUAAUUCACUGAGCAGCGUUGAAAAACUUGAACAUCACAUACAGCAAGAGUUAUGUCGUACAAGACCGUCUUAUAGACAAGGAAAGAAAUUAACAGCGGUUAAGGUUUAUACCAUCAAUAAUGAAUCUCAACACUUGAUUGUAACUGGUGUUCCUAAAUUAAACUUGAUUGAAGAUUUAAGACGAAUCAGUAUUCCUUAUGGUAUAAUUAAAGAAUUAACCAUAAUUCCUGAUUAUCCUUCUGAAGAAUUUACAGAAACAUUCCAUAUACGUUAUGAAAGAAUACAAAGUGCUAGAAUUGCAAAGCGCUUCCUGGAUACAAAGAACUUUUAUGGAGGAAUUUUACAUGUAUUUUAUGCUCCAGAACUAGAAUCAGUAGCUGAAACCAGAAAAAAAUUGAUUCAGAGACGUAGGGAAAUCGCAAUAAGAAUACAAAGACAAAGAGAAGAAGCUAUUAAUUUGACAUCUGAUAAAUUUGAACCUAAAGAACAAUAUCAUAGACAGAAACGUCAUCCUGCAUUACCAUUAACCGAAGAACGGCUUUCGAAGAAUUAUCCUGGAAGGACUAUAACUGAUAUUUAUGAUGGAAUUCCUAGAGAAAUAGAUCCACGACCAGUUUCUGAACCCAGCCUACCUACGGCAAAAGAGUCGUUAGGACAGUUCAGCAACUCAGGUAGUUCGAUUACUCAUAAUUCACAGAAUGAUGGUUCUAAUGAUAGUGGAAUCAAUGAAAAAAAGAUAAGAAUGAAAAAUUAUAAAGGGAAGACUGUCAAUAAUGAUGUGAAAGUUAAAGUACUACGUCCUCAAUUAGUCGAUACAAAAAAACUUAUUCAGUUCACUGCUCCUAAUAUGAAAAUAUUCUCUGCUGUUAAAAAAGUAGAUAAAGGAAUAACUAUCAAAUUGUUGCCCAAAUUGAAUGAAACUAAAAGACGUAUCAUUGUCAACGAUGCCAGUGUAUCGCAGUUGGUGAAACCUAGUACAGAUCUUCAAGCAAGUAUUACGUCAGUAAAAAAUUCUAUUCGUGAAGCACUACAAAAUAAAUAAGUAUAAUAAUGAAUUUAAUGGAAUAAAUAAUCAUAUUUUAUAUA